AUAAUUUACAACUUACUGUUCUGUUUUUUGUGACAUAACCUUAUUACAUUGGAUUUUAAACAAAUAACUUAUAAUUUUUGAAAGGUAGUAAGGUUUUUGAUACAAUGAAAAGCAACACAGUAAUUGCCAUUAAGGCUCGGCAAAAGAAAAUCACUCCAAUUAAAACCGAAAAAUUAAAAUCUAAAAGCAGUAAAAAAAAUUUAAAACAAAAAGUUUCUAAAUCGCCAAGUAAGGUGACUACAACACCUAAAACUGCAGUGAAGAAGAAAAUCAAAUACAUGGUACCAUCUAAAGUAGUUACAGAAGGUCUCGUUACAGCAUGCUUGAAUGCCUUGGAAAAAUUAACCACACUUGGUAAUAAAAAAAACACAAUUUUUGGCGAUGAAACUCAAAUAUUUAUGGAAAUUCGGUGUAUCAAAAUAUUAAAGUCUAAAGGCAAUGUGAAAUUCAUACUACCUAAUAGCACAGUGGCAUCUACUGGUGAAGUAUGUUUGAUAACACCGGACAUGAAGAAAGGAAAGAAAGUAGACCAUGAACCUACCGUUGAUCACUGGGAAGAAAUUUUAAGGGAGGCUGGGGUAACAGCUAUUAAAACUGUAUUACCUAUGAGGCAAUUGCGAGUUGAAUAUGACCAAUAUGAGUUAAAGAGAAGACUAUUAACACAGCAUGACUUUAUAAUGGUUGAUACCAGAGUACUUAAUCAUGUGUCACAUGUCCUUGGAAAGAUGUUUUUUAAGAAACAUAACAUGUUAAUACCUGUCAAAAUAAAUGAAAAAAAAGAUAUUAAAAAAAACAUUGAUGUUGGACUACGAACUGUUAUGUUAAGAUUGAAUGAAGGGCAAACAUCAACAAUCCUGGUAGGAAACACUGCAAUGCAACAAAGUCUCAUUAAUGAGAACAUAUUGGCAAUAACCAGACAAUUAAAAGACAAGUUUCCUGGAGGCGAAAAUAACAUAAGAUCCUUAUCAAUAAAAUUACCACUAUCCUUAUCAGUUCCACUAUAUCUUACCUUAAGACCUUCAGGUUCAGUCAAAACCAUUAAAAUCAAACGAACAAAACCGAAGAAUUAUAAGGACUAUGAGGAUGAACUAACGACCCACAUAGGAUGUACUGUACGAGUAGCACCAGAUGGAACUGUACACUUAAAAAGAAAAUUAAAUGAAACAGAAGUCAGUGACAUUGAAGAGCAAGAAAACAGUGAAAAUGAAGACAUAGAUGGUGAAGACAAAAAUGAUUAACAAUAAUAUUGUAAAAUAUAUUUGUUCAUUUAUUAAAUAUAUUAUGUGAAAUUAACUUUGCUCUUGAUUUACAUUUGAAACAUUAUACCAAUU